GGAGUGGUCUUGAAGAAUGUAGGCAAUUCUUCGACAUUUUUUCAUCCUUUAGUGUUUUUUCUUUCAUCUCUUGACUCAUUAGAAAUUUAGUUGGCAAAGAAUUGUACAGUCAACACGUUCAGUUCACAUAUAAGUAAAGUAUUAGCUGACUUUGGGACUUUACAUUUGCAAUUACAAGUGUUGGAUUCCUCUAACAUUUUUAUGUUUAGUUUUUCAGACUUCUUUAUUAGAAAAAAAAACUGUUUGCAGCAACCCUACUCCACUCACAACCGAAGAGAAUCAAGUUUCCCAGCUCACUUAAUUUGAAAGCCUGCCAAGAUAGGUGAAAAACCUUAUAAAUAUGUAAAGCAGGAAGUUCAAAUUACAGUCAAGUAAAUCCCUAAUGAUUGAUGUUCUUCUCAAAACAAUUAAAAGAAUUUUUAAAAAGAACAAGAAAGCAGCGCGUUUCCUAGACACCCCGCAAGCACCCACACCAAAGGGUGGUCCGGAGUUCAGAUUCAAGGGUAUACUUUAGUGCUGUAUUUAUUUUGAAUUUUUACCACUUCCUGGAGGCCGGGUGGAAGGAUCCAAAAAAACUGGGCACCUCAGCCAUUUUGUUUGUAAGGCGGAGCAGUAGAACUGGGCUGGCCAGGAAGGGGUUUGGAAGCCGCGUUGAAAUGGGGUGGGGGACGAGGGAAGCUGAAAAUGGUUUCAACUUAGGUCAGGAUUCGGCUACUUAAUGCGGGGACCGUGGUGCUCGUGGCUGCAGGAGGCCCUAGGGGAAGUCACACCGAACACACUCAGACGGGCUUCUCUUCCAAAUGGCCGCGUCCGCAGGCACAUCCCCCACGGACGCCGUCUCGCGUGGAGCCUCCCCACGCGCGGCGCGUAAGGGCGUGCCCAGAUGCUCCGAGGACGCGGCCGCUGCCAUUGUUGUGCUUGUCACUUAAUCCCGAGCCCCGACUCGGGCCCGGGCGGCGGCGCUCUCCCGAGCCCGGUAAAAUGGCACAGUCGUGCAUUCUUUCCGAGCUGCGGGAGGCGGGAGCGAGGAGCGAGCUGGGCGGCCGCCAGCCAAUCAGCGCGCGCGCCCGCCCUCCAGCGCAAAGUUGUUAACCCCGAGCCUCCCGCCGCCGCCCGCUCCGCAUCCUCCUGCUUGCUCCAGUCCCUCGAACGCCCUCGGAUCCUGCGGCUGCCCGCCCCGCUCCGCCGCCCUCCAUGGAGGAAAGUCUCACUUUUGAUUUACCAAAUAUUUUCAGGAUGUUUGAAGAUCCGUACGCUACCCGGAGGUUGUUUUUUUUGGACAACCCAGUCCCCAGCCUAUAUUGUUACAAUUUUUUUUUGAGGGCUGGUUGCUGCUUUGCCUACACUGAUGGAACACCAUCUUCAGCGGGCUAUCUCUGCACAGCAGGUGUACGGCGAGAAGCGGGAUAAUAUGGUUAUUCCAGUUCCUGAGGCAGAAAGUAACAUCGCUUACUAUGAGUCCAUUUACCCCGGGGAGUUCAAGAUGCCAAAGCAGCUCAUUCACAUACAGCCUUUUAGUUUGGACGCUGAGCAGCCUGACUACGACCUGGACUCUGAGGAUGAAGUGUUCGUAAAUAAACUCAAAAAGAAAAUGGACAUCUGCCCAUUGCAGUUUGAGGAGAUGAUUGACCGCCUAGAAAAGGGCAGUGGUCAACAGCCAGUCAGUCUGCAGGAAGCCAAACUACUGCUAAAAGAAGAUGAUGAGUUAAUUAGAGAAGUCUAUGAAUACUGGAUUAAAAAGAGGAAGAACUGUCGAGGGCCAUCACUUAUCCCAUCGGUAAAACAGGAAAAGCGAGAUGGUUCUAGCACAAAUGAUCCCUAUGUGGCUUUUAGAAGACGAACUGAAAAAAUGCAAACUCGAAAAAACCGCAAAAAUGAUGAAGCCUCAUAUGAAAAAAUGCUUAAGCUGCGUCGGGAUCUCAGCCGGGCUGUGACCAUCCUGGAGAUGAUAAAGAGAAGAGAGAAGAGCAAGCGGGAGCUGCUGCACCUGACACUGGAGAUCAUGGAAAAGAGGUAUAAUUUAGGUGACUACAGUGGAGAGAUCAUGUCCGAGGUCAUGGCCCAGAGACAGCCGGUGAAGCCUACGUAUGCCAUCCCCAUCAUCCCUGUUGCUAACAGCAGUCAGUUCAAACACCAGGAAGUCGCGGACGGGAAGGAGUUCAAAGUUCAUAAGCAAGAUAAGGCCGAUCUUACUCGGCCGAAGCGCAAAUAUGAAAAGAAGCCCAAAGUCUUACCCCCGUCUGCCAUUGCUCCUCAGCAGCCAAGCCCCGCUGCACUGCCAGCCUUCAGUGCUAAAGACUUGAACCAGUAUGACUUCCCCAGCUCGGACGAAGAGCCUCUGUCCCAGGUUUUGUCUGGCUCUUCGGAAGCCGAGGAAGACAAUGACCCUGAUGGCCCUUUUGCUUUCCGCAGGAAAGCAGGCUGUCAGUACUAUGCUCCUCAUUUAGACCAAACUGGCAAUUGGCCCUGGACUAGCCCUAAAGAUGGAGGACUGGGGGAUGUUCGCUAUAGAUACUGCUUAACAACUCUCACCGUCCCCCAGAGGUGUCUUGGAUUUGCACGAAGACGGGUUGGGCGCGGUGGAAGGGUCCUGCUGGACAGAGCGCAUUCAGACUAUGACAGUAUGUUUCACCACCUGGAUUUGGACAUGCUUUCCUCACCACAACCUUCUCCAGUCAAUCAGUUUGCCAAUACCUCAAAAACCAAUACCUCGGACAGAUCUUCCUCUAAAGACCUCAGUCAGAUACUAGUCGAUAUCAAAUCAUGUAGAUGGCGGCACUUUAGGCCUCGGACACCAUCCCUACAUGACAGUGACACUGAUGAACUCUCCAGUAGAAAAUUACACAGGAGUAUAAACCGAGCAGGAACAGCACAGCCUGGGACCCACACUGGCACCUCCACGCAGAGUAAAAGCAGCAGUGGCUCCACACACUGUGCAUUCACAGCCGAACAAUACCAGCAGCACCAGCAGCAACUGGCACUGAUGCAGCAGCAGCAGCUUGCACAAACUCAGCAGCAGCAAGCAAACAGCAACUCCGCCACCGCCGCGCCACAGGGUUUUGUUUCUAAGACUUUGGAUUCUGCUAGUGCACAGUUUGCUGCUUCUGCUUUGAUGACGUCAGAACAGCUGAUGGGAUUCAAGAUGAAGGAUGAUGUGGUGCUUGGGAUCGGGGUGAAUGGCGUCCUUCCAGCCUCAGGAGUAUACAAGGGCUUACACCUCAGCAGCACUACACCAACAGCGCUUGUACAUCCGAGUCCGUCGACAGCAGGUUCAGCUUUGUUACAGCCUUCAAAUAUCACACAGACUUCAGGUUCCCACAGUGCACUGAGUCAUCAAGUAACUGCUGCCAAUUCUGCAACAACUCAGGUUCUGUUUGGGAACAACAUUCGAUUAACUGUACCUUCAUCAGUCCCCACUGUAAACUCUAUCGCCCCAAUAAACGCACGACAUAUACCUAGGACUUUAAGUGCUGUUCCAUCAUCUGCCUUAAAGCUGGCUGCUGCGGCAAACUGUCAAGUGUCCAAGGUCCCUUCGUCAUCCUCUGUAGAUUCAGUUCCAAGGGAAAAUCACGAGUCGGAAAAGCCAGCACUAAACAACAUAGCAGACAACACAGUCGCCAUGGAGGUGACGUAGCUUCCUGGGAACAGGACUGCAGCCUGGGGACAUGAUCAGGUGCUAUGCAUCAGAGGCGUUGGAACGCAGGGGAGGAUGGAAUGCACACGCGUUUCCAUGGCAGCUGUGGGGACUCGGCAGCACUGCGCAUCUCUCAUGCUUCAACUUUUCUUUUCUUACUGUUAAUAGGAAAAAAUCAACAUCUGUAAAUUAAGAAUGCAGCAAUUAUCUGUAUAGUACUGCAUAUUUGUAAUACCCUUGUAUAUAUGUUACUUGAAUACAGAAAUGUUCAUUUGUGAUGCUUUGCACUUGGGGGCGGGGGGUGGGGAACAAACUGCAACAAGAGUGUGAGCUGUGAGCUGUGUAGCUGGUGUCAUCACAUCAUGUGCAUGGUGCGGAACCUGCUGUCUAUUUAUUGUGCCGUGUUUACAGGUUUUGUACACUGUACCCUCAUUGGUUCCUGUGCUGUAGUAAAUGUGUUAGGUAGCUGUGGACUCCUUGGUAUUUUGUAAUGGUAUAACAUAACUUGGUUCCCUCUGGGUCCUUGAGUUUUUUGUGUAUCAUGUGAAAAAAAAAUGGUGACAUACAUACAGAAUUUUACAAAAAAAAAAAAAAAGCAUCAGUUUUUUAAACGGGGAAUGUACUGUUCAAUGGGGAUCUUCCGGUCUACACCAUUAGGACGCGCAACAAGCUAAAAAUGAAGUCUCUUGAACCCUCCCGUCCCCACCGCCUGCAUGUGUGGGCGGCCCCUGGUACUUAAGCACUAAUGUUAUGUUGCUGCUCUGCAAACAGCCCAGUCGUCCCAUUUCCUUCCACACCAAAAAGUGUUAAAUCAAGUACGCAAACGGAGUCCUUACAACUGGAGUUUAUGUUGUCUUGCCCUUUUUUUAGCACAAAAAGAUGUACUUUUUUUAUUGUGGAAUCGUUUGAAGACUUCAUUCUUUACUUGUUCUUACAGAAAGGGUAUAGGGGAGAAGAAUGCAGUAAUUGCUGUCCGUGUAUCGUCAUUCCAGUUUGUAAAACAGCCAGCCAGCUUUUUUCCUUUUAAGAUUCUCCAGAAGGCUGCAAGGCCAGAGCCACAAAUAUCGGGUGCCUUCCUUUGGAAAUAUUUGACCUCUCUUCUGUGAAGAGAACGGUACUUACCAGACUACUACUAGUGCUUUGUCAGUACCGAAGUCUGAAUGCCCAGUCCAAUGGCAUACGUUAUCCUUAAGGUUUUUAAUCCCACCUGGAAAAUUGUGAUAGAAUUCUCACAAAAUAAACCCAGGGCAUUACAUGUUGACAAACUAA